CAACGAGAAAGAAGAAGAAUUCGAUUGGAAUGGAAUCGUCGAACGUGAAACGAUUGGUUUUUAAGUAUUAAAUUAAAUGAAAAGAUAAGUCAAGUACGUGCGCGCGAAGAAAAGUGUAAACGUUCGUGAUGACGAAACGCGAACGUUUUUGCGAGCGUAGAGAACAUUUGUCGAGUUGUAUUUAAUAAGGGAAAAGAAAAGAAAAGAAAAAGAAAGAAAAACAGCAACGACGAUAAUCAGAAGACGAAGAAGAAGAAGAAGAAGAAGAAGAAGAAAGAAGAAUAAGAUGAUUAAAUAAAUCGAUGUUAUUCAGAAGGAAAAGAAUGGAAAGGAAAAUACAAAAGAUCCGAGAAGUGUAUCCGAUUCGAUUGAUGAAAAAUGAUGAAGGACAAAGUCGAUUAAGAAAUAAUUGGAAAUCUUAUUAAUCGUUCAAAUGCUUACGUAAAAACGUGAAAGUAGAGAUCAACGUAAACAAAAGGAAGGAAUCGUUUGGGAGGUCACGUUCUAAACGAGUUCAUUGAUCUUUUCCUUAUAUGUUUCUAACGUGAUAAGUAUUUACCUGGAAAUUUAUACAAACGAAUCGACGAUAGUUUUUCUGUUUACAGAUAUAUACGUAAACAUACGCGAAUAUUAUAUAUGCGAAUACUAAUUUAUAGGAACGUAUAAACGAUGGAUUUCCUCGUAUUUGAUCGUUAGAUAACUAUCGCGUGUCGGCGAGCACACAUAUACGGAUUAAAGUAAACGUAAAGAAAUAAGAUAUAUAAAUCUUCCUUCGAAUAAAAAGAAUUCUUUUUCGAUUAAUAAAAUAUCAGUGAACAUAUCAGUGUACGAGUUUAAAAAGAGACAGCUGGACGGACUUACGAAGAAGGGAGGGGGAAGAGUUGUGAAAAAGAAACAAAAAAAAAAGAAUUGAAUAAAAGAGAGAGAGAGAGUAAUUGAUACAUUCCGUGUAUAAUACAUCGACAUACUUCUCUCGAGAUGAGUUGUUAAUCGAAUAAAAUCUUUAAUUAAUGCUUAUGUGAAUUCGAAAGAAAAGACGUCAUUAAAGAAGAAGAUGUUACCGACGAUUGAAUGAAUAUCUGAAAAGCAAUUGCGAAAGAAGAAGAAGAAGAAAAAGAAGAAAUAUUCUGGAUCUUGAGAAGAGGACCAGGAAGAUAGACGAAAAAGAAAAGAAAAGAAGAGAAAAGUGCGUCGAAAGAAUUGUUUCGUAUAAAUUGAAAUAAGAGUGUUCGUGUGAAAGGUCACAGUAAUGCGGGAAACCAAGCCGAAUGAGACUCUACGAGGAUAGUGAAAUUUAAUCUUUUGUAAAUUUUAGUUUUUUCUUUGGAAGAAAGUGAUCGAACAACGAACCAACGAAUCAACGAACGAACGAACGAAUUAACGAAUUAACGAACCGAAAAGGAGGGUGGGUUGGUUGGUUUUGUUGUUUGGAGGGUUGAAAAACGUCGGGAAAAAAAUAUAGUUUUUUACGUUAUCGGAAAAUGGAUCUCAGUACGACCCCACGUAGGGCCACCGACGGUCUCAGUGACCUUCAGAAGACAAGGGUUGCCAAAAGUGUAUUCAGCAUACGUAGCCUGGUCGAUGUCGAGGAAGCUGAGUUUCCGGUGAACGAGGAAGAAAUAAUCAACGAUCAGUCGAGCGUACGAGGAGGAGGAGGAGGUGGCGGCGGCGGCAGCGGCGGCGGCGGAGGAGGAGGAGGAGGAGGAGGAGGAGGAGGGGGAGGAGGUGGAGGUGGAGGUAGCGAGCAGGCCGUCCCUCAGACGAGUCCUGCUAGCAGCACGAGUAGCUUGAGCCAGGUGAAUCAGGUGAGCCAGCAGGUGAGCCAACAAACUCACCAGCAGUCUCGCCAACAACAACAACAACAACAACAACAACAACUGCAGCAGCAGCAGGCAACAACACCGACACCAUCAAUACCAUUAAACACCGUAUCGUCAGCCGCGUUACUGUUAUUAUCUACGAGAGGAUCACCGGCAUCGCCAAUAGCGACGAUAAUAACAGCUACCACGACAACGACGACAACGACGACAACGACAACAACAGCAGCAGCGGCGGCAGCAGCAGCGGUAGCAGCAGCAGCAGCAGCGGCUGCGGCAGCGGCUGCGGCAGCAGCAGGAGCUACGACGACGACGACGACGACGACGACAACGACGACGACGACGACGCCUCAAUCCGCACAGAUGGGAAUCUCAACGGAAGAGGUUAGGCCCGAGGAAGAGGGCAGCCACCCGAGGGCAGCUCCAACGAGCCCUGAAAGCGAGGCUGAGGUCGACGACUUUGCACCUAAGAGGAAGCAACGACGUUACAGGACGACCUUCACUAGCUUCCAGUUGGAAGAACUCGAGAAGGCAUUCUCGAGGACUCAUUAUCCUGACGUUUUCACCAGAGAGGAGCUCGCUAUGAAGAUCGGCCUGACAGAAGCAAGGAUACAGGUAUGGUUUCAAAAUCGUCGAGCGAAAUGGCGAAAACAGGAAAAAGUUGGGCCACAAGCCCACCCGUAUAAUCCUUAUCUCGGAUCGGGAGCACCCCCGCCAUCAGCUGUCGUAGCACCCACUUUACCGAAUCCAUUCGCCCAUUUGGGUAGCUUCGCCCUCCGUAAACCGUUCGAUGCCUUUCGUUAUCCACCUUUGGGCCACGGACCUGUCCUUCCUGGAGCAUACACCACUCACCCUUAUCAUCGAGCCCCACCUCCGUUGUUACCACCGGGCAUGCCAUUACCCUACACGUCCGCGGCAUCGUUUCAAAGCCUAUUGGCAAAUAUAUCAGCCGCACAAAGGCCAAAACUCGUUCGAGGCUCAACACCACCACCACCGGCACCACCACCACCUCAACCAGCCCCACCACCGAUAACUUUGUCUCAUCCACCGGUUCCUCAAGCACCACCGACGGCUACCUCACCACAAAGUUCACCGACUGGUAGCGUUGGUUUACCCGACAUCGACAGGAGAACCAACAGCAUUGCAUCCCUACGAUUGAAAGCACGAGAAUACGAGCUCCAUCUUGAAAUGCUCAGGAAAAAUGGAGAUCUCAUUAGCUGAAGAUGGUGCCCGAACGAUAUUUACUUUUUCAACGACGACGCAAAACUAUCGACCUGUGCCUCGAUAAUAAUAUUAAUCAAAGGAAUAUGAUAACGAUUAUUCACGAAUAAUCUAGUGACAAUGAUUACGCGAACUAGGAAAGAUAUAUAAUAUCGAGAGUCUACCCUAAGUGGUAGGAAGAAAGAGAGAAAAUAAAAGUUAAAUGAAUAAAUAUCAAACCGAAGAAAUUAAAGUGUCGUCCAACGAUACGACAAUGAAUUUUUCUUUCGAACGAAUUUUUCUAUCGGUCUGUAACAUUUUCCAACUACGACAACGACGACUUAAAAUUCGCCAAACGAUAGUUCUCAUCGAACGAUUUCGCUUGUUUUGGAUGUUCUUAAAAGAAAGUAAUAUCCCUUGUUUCUUUUUUUUCUUUUUUUUUUUAUGUCGUUUAAAUUAAAACCACGAGAAUUUUAUUUGUUAAUCGUUGUUGCUUUGUGUUCGCAAAACUGCUCAGAAAUUCGUUCGAUAUUUCAAAAGCGAUUAAAUAUCUUAAAUCUCGUGACGAGAAUCGUUCCUUCUUCUACUUAAACGAAUCUUUAUAUCGAGGGUCGUUUGAAGAGAACCGAGUAUGAUACAUCUUUUAAUAAACAAACAAAAAUGUUUAAUUAAGAAAGCAAAAGGAUAAUUAGAAAAAAAUUUCAACGAAACCUUUCCUACUUCUAAACGAAAUUUAACAAUCUUCGAUUUGAUCUAACAAGCAUUUCAAUCUCAUCUCGAAUUAAUUGCCGAUAAAGAAAUAUACAAGGUAAUUCUAAUUUUCUAAUUUAGCAUCGAAUUAUCUGCGAUCGUAUAAUUUUCCAAUGAACGUUUCUUUCCUUUUCCAUCGGAAUAGAAAAUUCAUCGGAGUUAUAACCAAUCGCAAAAUUUAUUUCAAAUUUAAUUUCUACGAUAUUGGUUUUAUCGUUCAGUUUAGUCAGUUAUCGUAUCUAUGUUGGACAACUCGUGGGAUCAAGAAAAAUAUUCGAUUGAAUUUAUCCGAAAUUUUUCUUCAAAUUUAACAACUAAAUUUUUGUUGAUUCUACAAGCUGUCGUUUACUCUUUUUAGACGCAGUUCAAGAUAUAACUAAUUCAACAUAAAAUAAUUAUUACUGAUUCCAAUCGAAAGAUCACGACAUUUUUAUCUAAAAAAUGUGAUAUCACUUGGGUUAUCACUUUCAUAAUACUUUCUAUAUAUUUAUUCCAUCUCUAAAUAUCUAUAUAUAUAUGUGUGUGUUAUAUAAAAUAAUUUUAAUAUAAUCUGUUGACAUAAAACAUUGUUUCGGAGCAUGUCGUGAUUCUCUUGGAGAAUAUAUUAUUAUAAAAAAAAAAGACAUCUUUUUAAAAUUAUACAAGAUCAUUAUUUUCUCACGUAACAGGAAAAGAAAAAAGAAAUAAUACUGCAAAUUGAUUCGCAGUAUUUACUAUUAAAUACAAUUCGAAAUAUUCGAUAAACGUAAAAUAAAUGUUUUAAAAAACGAACGACAAUAAGUGUAAACGUGCUCUUGUCAACGAUUUCCCCUGAUUUUAUAUUAAUAAAAUUCUGAAAAUCUUGACGAAUCAAAUGCUUUCCCAAACGAUUCUCGAUAUGAGAUUUCAUCGGAAAAACAAAAUGGGAGAGGUAGAAUCUUCGUCGAUGUUUCGUAAUAACGAAAGGGAAACAAAGAAACGAUAAAAAAAAAUUAAAAAAUUAAAAAGAAACGAAAACAAAAAAUAAAAGAAAUAUAAUCAACUCGAAACACAGGAAGAAAUAAAUAUUAUAUAUAUAUAUAUCUAUUAUAUAUUAAAUAUUAUAUAAUAUAUAUACAUGGUGUAUAUAUAUACAAAACUUUUUUCAUCAUCAGACAAAAGAAUAAAGAUCGACGAAGUAUCAUCCGUCCACAAAAUUCUCGAUACGAUGAUUCUACGAUCUAAACGCGCUUGCAUUUUUAUUAAUUUUGUUUUCUUUUUUUCUUUUUCUCUUUGUACACGAGCAUAAAAAUAAAAGCAAACGAUGGAUAUACGCACACUUCUUUCUCGAGAAAAAAGAAAAAAAUUUCGUCGGUCAUCGUCAUCGGGAAACUUUGCCUUUUGUUUUUUCUUCUUUUUCCUUUUUUUAUAUUUUUCAUUAAUUUUCUUUUCAUAUCUUCUUUUUUCUUUUUUUUAAUCUUUUUUAUUCUUCUCGUUCGCACGAUCAAACGUAGUGCGCAGUUUUGAAAUAUCCAUUAUGACAUUUACGACACGCUAGAGUUAGGAGACGUUUUUAAAUGGAAAAUAAAAUUAAAAAAAAAAAACGCAAAAGAAAUCAAUAAUAAUAUUUAUAUACCACACACGUUGUUUAUAUAUAUAUAUAUAUAUAUAUAUAUAUAUAUAUAUAUAUACAUAGUACAUACUAAUGUAAGUAGUACUCUCUCUUUACGAAAUCUCGUAAGACACAAUUUUUACGAUUAAUCUAAUCGUUUCUUUAUUCUUUUCUGUUCUUUUUUAUCUUUUAAUUCGACAUAAACUACCUUGUAAAUAGUUAACAAAAUUAAUUGUAUGUAUCAUUUUUAACGAAGCAAAUUGCAAUUGCGUAAAAGUACGACGAAAGCAUUCACACAUAAUUAUAAAAGAUGACGUCUUCUUAUUAGAUCACUUCUAUUCAAAAAAAAAAAAAAAUAAUAAUAAUAAUAAUUGUACGAACAUUGUUUGUUGUCAUUGCGAAAUAUUUUUCUUCUUUGUUUCUUUUUAUUUUAUUUUAUUUUAAUUUUUUUUUUCUUGUACUUUUCUCUCAUCUACUUUUUCCAUCAUAUUUUUUCAUCGAAAAAUUAUGGCGAUGUGUGUACAUUGUACUUAUACCUAUUAACCCGUCUAUCCUUUCUUUGCAGUGAAUAAAAUGACAACGAAUCACGAGAA